UUUUUUUGUUUCGUUUUGACCACCCCCUCCACACCAUUCAUUCUCUUUUUUUUUUUAUAUCUUUUUUUUUAUAAUAUAACCCCGUAAAUCCAAAACAACUCUUAUAGAAAUAACAACUUUUCUCUUUUUGGAUCAAAUAACAACUCUUUUUUUUCCCCCUUUUCUCUCUUUCUCUUUCUCUAUUAUUCAAAAAAAUGACUGAGAAGACCGAAACUUACGAGGUCGUUUCCGAACAACCCGUCGCUCACAAGGCCAACAUUUCUGGAAAUCUUACAUCUUUAACUGUCGAAGAACUCUAUGACAAGGACAAGUAUGAUUUAUCCACCAUGGAACCUGGAGAUAUCUUUGAACUCUUACAAACCUCUUCCAACGGUUUAACAUCCGAUGAAGCUGCCCGCCGUGUUGAGAAAUUCGGUAUGAACAAGCUCGAAGUCAAGGAUAUCAACCCUCUCUUGCAAUUCUUGGGUUUCAUGUGGAAUCCCCUUUCUUGGGUCAUGGAAGCUGCUGCCCUUGUUUCUAUCGCCUUAUCUAACGGUGAUGGUAGACCACCAGAUUAUCCUGAUUUCAUUGGUAUUGUUCUCCUUUUGAUUGCUAAUGCUACCAUUGGUUUCCUUGAAGAACGUCAAGCCGGUAACGCCGUCAAGGCUUUAAUGGCCUCUUUGGCUCCUGAAUGUAAGGUCAAGCGUGGUGGUGAAUGGAAGACUUUGGAAGCUGCUGAAUUAGUCCCUGGUGAUAUCAUCAGUAUUAAACUUGGUGAUGUUGUCCCCGCUGAUGGUCGUCUUAUUGCUGCUCAUGGUGAGGUCUCCAUUGAUCAAGCCGCUCUUACUGGUGAAUCUUUACCUACUUCCAAGGAAGCCGGUGAUGAAGUCUUUUCCGGUUCUACUGUCAAGCAAGGUGAAGCUGAAGCUAUCGUUAUCGGUACUGGUACCAACACUUUCUUUGGUCGUGCUGCUAAGCUUGUUGGUGAUGCUGGUGAUGAUGUUGGUCAUUUACAAACUAUUUUGGCCAAGAUUGGUAACUUCUGUCUCUGUACUAUCUCUCUCUUUGUUCUUAUCGAAAUCCUCGUCAUGUACCCCAAGUUCCACUACAAGUACAGAACUGGUAUUGAUAACAUUCUUGUCUUGCUCAUUGGUGGUAUUCCCAUUGCUAUGCCUACCGUCUUGUCUGUUACUCUUGCCAUCGGUGCCAAGCAAUUGGCUGAACAUAAGGCCAUUGUUACCCGUAUUACUGCUAUUGAAGAAAUGGCUGCCGUUACCAUCUUAUGUUCCGAUAAGACCGGUACUCUUACCUUGAACAAGUUGAUUGUUGAUAAGCCCACCAUCAAGGGUUACUCCGAAUACUCUGGUGAUGAUAUCAUUCAAUUGUCUGCCUAUGCUUGUCGUCAAGAAAACCAAGAUGCUAUCGAUUUCUGUAUUGUCAACUCUUUGCCCGAUCCCAAGCUCUCUCGUGAUGGUAUUGAGGAAUUAGAAUUCAAGCCUUUCAACCCUGUCGUCAAGCGUACCGAAAUUACCUACAGACGUAAGUCUGAUGGUAAGGUCAUCCGUGUUACCAAGGGUAUGUCUCACACCAUUUUGGAUCUCUGUACUCGUGAAAAGACUGAAGAGCAAAUCAAGGCUCUUAACGAUGAUGUUGAUGAAUUCGCUCGUCGUGGUCUUCGUGCUCUUGCUGUUGCUAUUGAUGAAGUUCCCUCUGGUACUGUUGAUGGUGAAGGUGUUGGUUUCAAGUUGAUUGGUCUCUUGCCUAUUUAUGAUCCCCCUAGAUCUGAUACCAAGGAAACUAUUGAUCGUGCUAUUGCUCUUGGUAUCUCUGUCAAGAUGAUUACUGGUGAUCAAUUGGCUAUUGGUAAGGAAACUGGUCGUCGUCUCGGUAUGGGUGAUAACAUGUACUUGUCCAAGACUCUUAAGGAUGGUCCUCCUCCUGGAUCUGGUUACUCUGAUGUCAAUGAAAUGGUCUUGCAAUGUGAUGGUUUCGCUGGUGUCUACCCCGAACACAAGUAUGAAAUUGUCGAACGUCUCCAAGCUAUGGGUCACAUGACUGCUAUGACUGGUGAUGGUGUUAACGAUGCUCCUGCUCUUUCCAAGGCUAACGUCGGUAUUGCUGUUGCUGAUGCCACUGAUGCUGCUCGUUCUGCUGCCGAUAUUGUCUUGACUGAACCCGGUCUUUCUGUUAUUAUUGAAGCCAUUAUUGGUUCUCGUCAAAUUUUCCAACGUAUGCGUAAUUAUUCCAUCUAUACCUGUUCCGUCACCAUUCGUGUCGUUGUUGGUUUUGCCAUCUUGUGUUUCGCCUUCGAAUAUAACUUCCCUCCUUUCAUGAUUUUGAUUCUUGCCAUUUUGAACGAUGGUACUAUCAUGACCAUUUCCACUGAUCGUGUCAAGCCUUCUCCUUAUCCCGAUUCUUGGAACCUCCGUGAAAUUUUCACUUAUGCCAUUAUCUAUGGUCUUUACUUGACUGUCUCCACUGUUGCCUUCUUUGCUGUUGUUUACCAAACCACUUUCUUUGAAUCUCACUGGAACCUUCCCAACACCAGCCAAGAUGGUCAAAGUGCUGAAAAGUAUGUUAACCAUGGUGUCUACCAUUCCAUUGUCUAUCUCCAAGUCUCCACUAUUUCUCAAGGUUUGAUUUUCAUUACCCGUUCUCGUGGUUUCUUCUUUACCGAACGUCCCUCUGUCAUGUUGGUCUGUGCUUUCAUUGUUGCUCAAUUGGUUGCCACCUUCAUUGCUGUCUAUGCUGACUGGCCUUUCACUGAGAUGAACGGUUGUGGAUGGAAGUGGGCUGGUAUUGUCUGGGUUUGGAACAACUUGAAGGAAUCCAAGACUCCUAUGGCUGGUCAAUCUCGUCGUGCUUCUGCCAUCUCUGGUACUUCUUCUGCCCGUUACUAUGCUAACCGUACCAAGUCUCUCAAGUCUAUGGAGCGUCCCCAAAACUUUGGUAAGAAGCUCCUUGGUAUGAACAAGAAGAUGUCUAUGGAUGCCAAGGAAAUGCGUCGUUUCAGCUCUGUCCAGACUAACCAUGCUGCUCAAGUUUUGAACUCCAACUAAUCAUCCCCCAUCCAACUUUUUUAUCCUCUCUCUUUCCUUUAUUACUCAUAUAUUUUUGUUAUUAUAUUUAGACCUAAUUUUUUUUCUCUUCAUUUAAUUUGAUAAACAAAAAAAAAAAAAUGUUAAAUGUCACUUGUUUAUUAAAAUAAAAGUGAAUCUUGUCUUGUUUUUAUCUCUUUAUUAUCCCCCCCACAAAAUACACACAUAUUUUACUAUUAAAAAAAUCUGUUUGUUAUUACUUCA